AUGAGAGUCCUUAAUAUAGCUUGCAUCAACGCCAAUGGCAAAUUACAACAAGAAGCCAUUGAUUCCGCACUCUAUCAUUGUAAGACCAUCGACCUCCUCUUCAUCACAGAGACCUGGCUCCCUCCAGACAAAUCUAUACCAACCCACUGGAAACAAUUCCAUAUAUACGGUUCACCAGUCCCUCAAUCGUACCGUUUUCAAAUGGGCAUCUCUUUAUUCAUCAAUCCAACAUUUAAUUACACCAACAUCUAUGUCGAUACCCAGUCCUCUCCCUACUAUAUGCUUUGUCAUAUUGAUAAUAUUAAAAUCUACUGUUUAUAUCUUCCGCCUCAUCCCUCACUUCAUAAUACAACAGCGCUACAGCUUCUCUCCUCCAUUCCCCUAUCCUCUAAUACAAUCCUAUGUGGCGAUAUUAAUGCUCGUAUGGGUAAACAAACGGGUGAUAGUAGAUGGAACACUCGAGGAUCAAAAUUUGCAAAGUACAUACAAGAAAAUAACCUAUACAAUUGGAAUGCUAUACACCAGUAUGGUACACCUACACGACUAAACUAUAUAGAGCGCAAUAACUCUAUAGAAAAAAGCAUAGUUGAUUAUUUUCUGACUCAGGCAGACUUACCUCAAUCACAAUUACAAAUAAAAACGGACUUGUCAGUAUUUGGAUCUGACCAUAAAUUGAUGAUAUUCUCAUUCUUGUGGGAUACUAAUCACUUAGACACUGAUGAACUACCACCAACCCCAGUUCGACAACGUUGGAAAAUUCAUCGUCUAAAAGAUCCACAUGUACAAUCCGAAUAUAUCAAAACAUUGCAAAGCCAGUUCUAUAAAAAAGAAUUAUAUAAGAAAAGCUACGAACUGACCCAAUAUUUGGCAAAUCACUUUCCUAUUACUACUGCUAAUAAUACUGAUACUAUAGAAACUCUGACUGAGUCACUCUAUGACUGUCUUUAUUAUACCUUAGAUACAGUCCUUACACCACUAGCCUCAAGACCCAAGACAUGGAAAUGGUUUUGGAAUAAACAACUUCAAGCCCUAGCCAACCAUCGUCAAGCAUGUUACACCCGUUGGAGAAAAUCUACAAGUAUUCAACGGGCGGCAUGGUGGAGUAAAUAUAAAACGGCUGAUCAAACACUCAAGUCUGAAGUGAAAAAAGCAAGAGCAACAGCCUUCCACAACUUUUGUGAUGAGCUCGAUAGUGAUCCUAUCGCAGCCAUGCCCACCAUCAAAAGAAUUGUUCAAGCUAAAACUCGUUCAAAGCAUAUUUUUUCAUCUGACCAAGGCCCUCAACAAGCAGUUACCGAUAUGGCAAUCUACUUGGAAGGAGUAUACGAUGGAAAGCAUAUACCCCAGACCAUUACCAGCCCACAACAG